UUCCAUCUCCCUCUAGCUCGGACUCGAAGGACAAAGGCAAGGUAAACCCUUCGCUGGACGGACCGCCAUGGAUUCGAUGUCGGCGGCGAUAGCGCGGCAGACGUGGGAGCUGGAGAAUAACAUCGUGGCGAUGGAGGCGGGGGCGGCGGACGCGGACGCGAUCUACUACUACGACGAGGCGGUGCAGGCCAAGUUCCAGCAGGAGAAGCCGUGGGCGCACGACCCCAACUUCUUCCGGCGGGUGAAGAUCUCGGCGCUGGCCCUUCUUAAGAUGGUGGUCCACGCCCGCUCCGGCGGCACCAUCGAGGUCAUGGGCCUCAUGCAGGGGAAGACCGACGGCGACACUAUCGUUGUCAUGGACGCCUUCGCCCUCCCCGUGGAGGGCACUGAGACCCGCGUUAACGCCCAGGCCGACGCCUACGAGUACAUGGUUGACUACUCCCAGACCAACAAGCAGGCUGGACGAUUGGAGAAUGUAGUUGGGUGGUACCAUUCACACCCGGGAUAUGGGUGUUGGCUGUCGGGUAUCGAUGUGUCUACUCAGAUGCUUAAUCAACAGUUUCAAGAACCAUUCCUGGCUGUUGUGAUUGAUCCCACUAGGACUGUUUCAGCUGGGAAGGUGGAGAUUGGUGCAUUCAGGACAUACCCGCAGGGGUACAAACCACUUGAUGAACCUGUAUCAGAAUACCAGACCAUCCCACUUAACAAGAUUGAAGAUUUUGGGGUCCACUGCAAACAGUAUUAUGCAUUGGAUAUAACCUAUUUCAAGUCUUCUUUGGACUGCCACCUGUUGGAUCUGCUAUGGAAUAAAUACUGGGUGAACACGCUAUCUUCAUCCCCACUCCUAGGCAACCGAGACUACAUUGCAGGACAAAUUUCUGAUUUGGCGGAAAAACUGGAGCAUGCUGAGAAUCAGUUGGCUCAUACACGAUGGGGUUCUUUUCUUUUGCCCUCGCAAAGAAAAAAGGAGAAUGAGGAAUCCCAGCUGGCAAAGACAACUCGUGAUAGCUCAAAAAUUACUGUUGAGCAGGUGCAUGGUCUUAUGUCACAGGUUAUUAAGGACAUCCUCUUUAACACUGUCCGUCACUCUAGCAGUACAUGCCCAAGCCUUUCAGACUCUUCUGGCCCCGAACCUAUGGUGGAAGCAUGAAGGUGCCCGCAACUGCACAGGAGUUUCCAAUUUUUGACACAUUCAUGUCGCCUUUGAGAAAUGUGGCAUUCAGGCCAAGCCCAUGAUUUGUUAAGACUUGCCCUCCAAGUAAGCUGCUUCUGCUUGGUUUGAUCUGUCAGUCUGACAUACCCCACCAAUUUCCUAGUGUUGAAGAAUUUGGAUCUGUAAUUAUCAGCUCAAAUUUAAAUUUGGAUUGUUGAGAUUUAUCAUUAGUAAUUCAAGGAGGUGCUUAUGCCUGGGAUGACGUUUCUUCCGGGUCUUGAGAAA